UUCAGUGAUUUGUAUGUAGGCUCUGAGAUCCUAAAAUCUGAAUGAUAUAAAGAAUACAUUUCAGCUGCACUUGGAAACCCUUUAAAAAGCUCUUAUAGAUAUUGCUUUCUAGUUUAUUUCUGAAGUUUUUAGAUUUAGACUCCAAACACGGAAAAAUGAAUGACUUCACAGCUGAUGGUUCUUUCAUGUUCACGUCAGAGUCAGUGGGAGAAGGGCAUCCAGACAAGAUAUGUGACCAGAUCAGCGAUGCUGUCCUUGAUGCACAUUUGAAGCAGGACCCUAAUGCCAAAGUGGCCUGCGAAACUGCUGUCAAGACCGGUAUGGUGCUUCUGUGUGGUGAGAUCACAUCCAAGGCCAAUGUGGACUACCAGAAAGUUGUGAGGGAUGCCAUCAAACACAUUGGUUAUGAUAACUCUGAUAAAGGUUUUGACUAUAAGACCUGCAAUGUACUGGUGGCUCUUGAGCAGCAAUCUCCUGAUAUUGCAAAGGGUGUACACAUUGAUCGGAAGGAAGAGGACAUUGGAGCUGGAGACCAGGGUCUGAUGUUUGGUUAUGCCACUGAUGAGACAGAGGAAUGCAUGCCUCUAAGCAUUGUCCUUGCCCACAAACUUAAUGCCAAGAUGGCUGAACUGCGUCGUGCUGGCACUAUUCCUUGGCUCCGUCCAGAUUCCAAAACACAGGUGACUGUAAUUUACAAGGAAGAGAAGGGAGCCAUGAUUCCUCUGCGCGUGCACACUGUGGUCAUUUCAGUCCAGCAUGAUGAUGUCAUCUCACUGGAGGAGCAGAGGAAGAUUCUGAAGGAGAAGGUCAUCAAGGCUGUAGUUCCAGCUAAGUAUCUCGAUGACAAGACCAUAUACCAUCUACAGCCCAGUGGCCGCUUUGUCAUUGGAGGACCUCAGGGGGAUGCUGGACUCACUGGGAGAAAGAUCAUUGUGGAUACAUAUGGUGGAUGGGGUGCCCAUGGGGGUGGAGCCUUCUCUGGAAAGGACUGCACCAAGGUGGACCGGUCUGGAGCUUAUGCUGCACGCUGGGUGGCCAAGUCUCUGGUUAAAGCUAAACUUUGCAAGAGAGUUCUGGUACAGGUGUCUUAUGCUAUUGGAGUGAGUCACCCACUGUCUAUCUCACUCUUUACCUAUGGUUCAUCUGAGAAGACAGAGAAAGAACUGCUUCAAAUUGUUAACAAAAACUUUGACCUUCGGCCUGGUGUUAUUGUUAGGGACCUGAAUCUGAAGAGACCCAUUUACCAGGAGACUGCCUGCUAUGGUCACUUUGGCCGGUCUGGAUUUACCUGGGAAGUUCCCAAGAUCCUGGAAUUUUAAGCUGAGCAAGGCUCAAGAGAUGCUUCCAGAGCACAACCAGAAAAAGAAAGAAAAGCCAUGUAAAUCAUAUAACACUCCCAUGGGUGCUGAACCAAAAGUAGUAUAUGUUGUGGCACAUUAAAUGAAUGGAAUGAUCCAAACACCAAAAUAAGCUCCCAAUGAGAAGUUUCUGGCCAAAGUGAUGUUUCAAGUCUCUGGACUCUUCCUCAGACUUAUAGGGUUAACAGAGAGUCACCAAUAUUAAUAUAAAAAUAUAUAUAGACAUAGACACAUUCCAAUAAAA